AUGGCGAGGAUUAAACAAGGCGUGUUUUCUUGGGAGGAUGUGCUUGCUCAGCGUUAUCAGAAUAACAAGCCGGCACCAUUGGCCAUGAAGGUUAUACGAGCUCAGCAGAAGCAAGCAGAUACAGAUGCACAUCCACAUGUAGAUUCAGAUUCAGAUUCAGAUACAGAUGCACUUAUAGACGCAAGCACACCUACGGAAUGUGAACCCCAGUCGCAAAAAUCGCACCUCCUCUCCAAGCUCUCCCCCGAACUCCGUUUGAUGAUCUGGGAAAUGGUUCUGGCCUGGUCGCGUCUCCAUAUCAUACAGCGGCCUGGUAGACGGUUGGGCCACAUUGUCUGCCCCGGUGCGCCGUCGUGUGAAAUCUGCCAGGACGGAUUGCCGCAGCCGGUAAAAGACGGAGGUCGAGGCGUGUCGUUGACUUUGAUGUGGACGGAUAAGAACAUAAAUAACAAAGACAGAAAUCGCAAUGGAGGUAAAGGGAACGGUUCGAAAUUAUUGGCUCUGCCGAUGACGUGCAGACAAAUAUAUACGGAAUCCAUCCACCUCCUUUACACCCACAACACCUUCGAAUUCAGCAACACCUGGACCCUCCCGUAUCUGCUCCCUACAAUCCCAAACUCGCACUGGACGCGAAUCCGCUCCGUCGAACUCCGCUGGGCCUUCCCAGGCCACUGGCUCCCCAGCAAAGACCCCGUCAAGGCCGUCUAUUUCUCCGCGGGCCGGCAGCAGUGGAUCGAAACCUGCGCCGCUCUGAAGCAGAUGGAUUCCCUACGCUCCUUCACCUUAUCUCUUGCCGGGAACUGGUUCUGCGAGCCCGUGGAGAAGAUCCCCGUGUUUCUGGACCCGUUGCGCAAUCUCCGUUUGAGAGGGGGCGGGGUCUGGUCACUUGUUCUCCCGGGUCAGCCUUAUUACAUCGAGGAAGUAGGAAGGAUCAAGGAGUGGCUUCGGGGAGGGGGGUGA